CUAUCAGCUGAGUGAAAAAUAUCCAAAGAGUUUGCAUUUUGAUUAUUUUUACAUUUGAAUUGUUUUCGUAAAACGCUUUGAGACGUUAUGAAAAUGGUAUUUCAUUGUAUACAGAAAUUCUGAACGAACUUUGUCGUCUCGAAAUAAGUCAUAGUGAAGUGUGACGUGCGAUGUGAAUAAUUCAAACUGUCGCUGUGAAAAAUAUUGCGGUUCACUAAAAUGUGAAUUGGUGAAGGUCAUUGUUCAGACGUCCCUGCCAAAGCGAAUUGCGUUUUUUUCCACGUCGUGGACACAGCCUGCCUGUGUGUCUAGUACAUCAGUAAUACCGAGAACUUCGCGAACGCCGCGUUUGAAGAUUUACGUAACAAAUUACAUAGUCAUAAUAUUUUAUAAGGUUAAAUCAAUUUUCAACUACUAAUCGACGUUUAGACAUCCAGCAGAAUGAUUUCAGCGAUAUGUUCAAGGACCGCUUUCAGAGCGCGAUCCAUGGAACGCUGUGUUUCCAGCGUUGUUGAAAUUCCGAAGUUACAGGAUUUUGAGGUACAAAACGAGCCUGUACUAGGAUACCGAGCCGGAAGCCGCGAACGAGCCGAAUUAGUUACCGAACUGCAACGUACUGCCGAUGUAACCGAGGAAGUGCCUAUCGUAAUUGGUGACGAGUUUAUAAAAGAUGGCGAACCCCGGUAUCAAGUCAUGCCACAUGAUCACGGACGCAAGCUGGCCAAAUAUUAUUACGCCAGUGAUAAAAUGAUUCAAAAAGCAAUCCAAACAUCCAGCGAGGCUCAAAAGCGAUGGGAUCGUACUCCGUUUGAGAAACGUUUGCGAAUCUGGCAGGUUGCUGCUGAUAUGAUGGCUGGAGAGCACCGCCAGCGCCUAAACGCUGCAACCAUGCUGGGCCAGUCAAAAUCUGUAGUUCAAGCUGAGAUUGAUUCUGCUGCUGAACUUAUUGAUUUCUUUCGCUUCAACAUUUUCUUUUUAAAAGAAAAUGCUAAAUAUCAACCUAUCUCUGAGAACCCAUCUGUUACAAGAAAUUCGCUGAAGUUCAGGGGUCUCGAAGGUUUUGUGGCUGCAAUCAGUCCUUUUAACUUCACUGCUAUCGGAGGUAAUUUGGCUUACACCCCGGCUCUGAUGGGUAAUGCAGUAAUUUGGAAACCUUCAGACACUGCACUUCUAUCUAACUGGCGCAUCUUUAACAUCAUGCGAGAGGCUGGUCUUCCAGCUGGAGUUGUUAAUUUUGUUCCAGCCGAUGGGCCUACAUUUGGACGUACCAUUACCUCAUCACCUCAGCUGUCGGGUAUCAACUUUACUGGAUCUGUACCCACUUUCAAUUGGCUAUGGAAUGAGGUUGGUAAAAAUUUGCAUCUCUACAAAAACUAUCCCAGACUCAUUGGAGAGUGCGGAGGUAAAAACUACCAUUUUAUUCAUCCAUCUGCUGAUGUACAAUCAGUUGUAACUGCAACAAUACGGUCAGCAUUUGAAUAUUGUGGACAGAAGUGCUCAGCUUGUUCGAGAAUGUAUGUACCCAAGUCUUUAGCUGAACCCAUUAAGCAAGGACUGCUGGAGGAGCGUGCUAAAUUAAAAAUUGGCAACCCUACGGAUUUCAAAAUCUUUGCUGGUGCAGUCAUUGAUGACAAAGCUUUUGCAAGAAUCACUGGUUACAUUAAAAAUGCUAAAAACAAUCCCAAGAAUAAAAUUUUAGGAGGCGGUGAAUUUGAUGAUCGCAAGGGAUACUUUGUUCAACCGACUAUCAUUGAGACUGUAGAUCCACUCGACAAACUUAUGACAGAGGAGAUAUUCGGUCCUGUCUUAACUAUGUAUGUUUACGAAGACAAAGAUCUCUCCAAGGCUCUGGCACUUGUUGGCUCGUCCACUAAAUUUGCUUUAACUGGUGCAGUGUUUGCUUCUGAUAAAACAUUCUUACAAACUGCUCUUGAAGAGCUAAAGAUGACCGCUGGAAACUUCUACAUAAAUGACAAAUCAACAGGCUCUGUGGUUGGACAGCAACCGUUCGGCGGAGGUCGCAUGUCUGGCACUAAUGACAAGGCUGGCGGGCCCAACUAUGUCAUGCGCUGGACCACUCCCCAGUCUAUUAAGGAGACAUUUGUUCCUCUUCGUGACAUUGACUAUCCUUACAUGAGAGAUUAAAAAGAAAAUAUUGGCGCUUCAACCUCAUAAAUAAGAAUCCUAAAUCAAAUUAUCAGUACAAUAAUUAUUAGUUAAUAUGAUGCUAUGGUAGUGUUAAAUUUAACAUUCUGAUGUAGGGUUUAUUACUCUAAAUAUUUAAUUACUAGAAAAAUGACAUUAUCUAAUUAAUAUUAACUUAUUAAUAUUAAUAUGUUAUAAUUGUCUAGAAACAGUAUUUUAAAGAAAUUGAAUGUUAUAUUUCAUUCAUAUAAUUACCAAAAUGUAUUAAAUUCCUGUUAUUAAAACAAGGUUGAGAUUGUAUAAUUAUAAGAAACAAAUGUUUGCAAUUUAGAUAAUAAUUGAAGUAUUGUACCUUGUCUUUAUUGUCAUAUCCUUGAUAGUAUAGUGUAGAUGCAGUUUUGUUGUAUAUUUGCUUGAAAUAUAAUUUUAUUUAUGUUGUUGA